UCGAAGGUCUUUACCAAUUUUUAUUUCCAUGUGAAUUAUUGUAAGCUUACCUAUUAUUUUAUUUAUAUUGAUCGGAACUAUUAAGAGUAACCAAAAUCUACAGCAAACUUCGCUUUAACAUUUAAAAGCCAACUGCUGAACCUCUUGAUUUAAUUUUUCUUAAUACCCGGCGUACACAGUUUUGUAAGACCACCAAAGAGUAUCUUUAUUAUUGUUUUUAAGCAUUUACCAAAGAGUAACAAUAUAUUUUUGAUGACAACUUGAAUUUACAAUUGAUUAAUAGAUAUCAUUAUUUUAUAUUAUAGUAGAUUGCGCUAAAUUUAUGUUUACUAGAUGGCUGGCAAAGAAACAUUAAAAGCUGGUUUUAAAAUCGCCAAGCCUGUUUUAUCAAGAGAUCGUCGGGAAGCCCAUAGACGUGUUAUUAGUUUAUAUCGAGCUUAUUUUCGUUAUAUUCCUUAUCUAGUAAAACAGUUUGAUAUACCGAAAAGCGAGGAAAACUGUCGGAAAAAAUUACGAGAAUACUUUUAUAAAAAUGCUUGUAUCAACGAUUUGAGAAUUAUUGACAUAAUGGUCAUAAAGGGUUUUAUAAAUUUAAAAGAGAUAACGCAUCAAUGGCAACAAAAAGGUCACAUUAUGGCCCACUGGCAUCCAACCUACGAACCAAAACCCUGCGACUUUAUUGGCAAGUUCUUAGCAAAUUUGGAUUAAAAUUGUUUAAAAAUUAAAGACGUUGGAGUUGAAAAUUUAAAUAGUUAUUUCUCACGUAUAUUUGUGUACAAAAAUCUAUAUUCUCCGA